AUGAUUGUUGUUGUCUAUAUGUGUCAUAAGAUUUUUGGACAAUUGUUGAAAAGAAAAAUGUUUGAACAAUAUUGUUUGGAAACAAGUCAAAAUCAAACAAUAAGAUUUUCCGAUUAUAAAAAAUUCUAUCCAUCAGUAGUAGAUGGCGAAAUUCAAACAAUCAAUUCGACGGAAUCAUCUUAUCGAUGUCAUUUACAUUCAGCAAUAUUUUCAACAGAAUUUUACAAUUAUGAAAAUCGUUCUUUUGUUUGUUCACCAUUUAUUGAAAUAUGUAAAAUUCUUAUUGGUCAUUACAAUUGUAGUCUGACAUUCAUAUUGCCUGAAGAAAAUUUCGGUGGACAUUACGUUAAUGGAACAUUUACAGGAAUCUUAAAACUGAUUUCGGAAAAAGUAGCCGAUUUUAUACCACAUUUUUUUGCUCUACAUAGUAAUCGUGAUCAAAUUCUUGACAAUACAAUUUUAUCACAUUCAGCAUACGAAGUAUCGAUUGUUAGUCAUCAGAGUUAUAUUCCGAAUACGAAUCCAUUACAAGUUUUUCAAACAUUCACAUGGGAAAUAUGGCUAUUAUUGUUUAUAGGAUUUAUUUGUUAUACCAUACUGUUAUUGGUUGCUGAUUUAAUCAUUAUUGAUCAACAUUUAUCGACAAAUAGUUUAUUUGAUUUCAAUUUCAUUUUAUUUCGCACGCUCAUUGGACAAAGUUUGUCAAAAUUUACAUUCAUUUCUGAACAACGAAAAUCUAUACAUUUAUUACGUAACUCCUUGUUGAUAUGGAUUCUGGCUACAUUAUUAUUACGACAAUUAUUCUCAAAUGAUGUAGUAGCAUCACUGUUAUAAAAAGAACAGAUUAUCGAUCAUUUUGUUCAAUUAGUUGAGAAUGUUCGACGAAAUAAAGAUUACCGUAUCAUGGUUGAAAGUAAAUCAUCAACAGAAAAAUUUUUUCUUUCGAAAUUUCCUCAACUUAAAUACCGAUCAAUUGAGCUUGAUCAUAAUGAUAUUACUGAUCCUGGAACGAUUGUAAAAUUGAUGAAAGGCAAACAUGUAUUGAUUGUUGAUCGUUGGAGAGCUUAUAUGUUGAAAAUAAUGUAUAAAAAAUUCGAUCUACAUGUAUCGAAAGAAAAUUUCGGUCUAACAUUUGGUAGUAUAGCUAUACGUAAAAAUUUACAUUAUUCAUCAAGAAUUAUGUUGACGAAAAUGUUUCGACAAAUUUUUCAAAAUGGAAUAAUCAAUAAAUUGAGUAGGGAUUUUCAUAAAUAUCAAUUAAAUCGAAAAUUAAUUCAGAAAAAAAUCAAUAAAACUAUCGAACAUGAAGAUGAUGGCGCCAGACAACUUGCAGCCAUAAAUAAAGAAUUAGCUGAUGACCAUAUGGAAGAUGAUCAAGAAUAUCUAAACCAUAGAAUUAUGUCACUCAUUUAUAUUCACAUUUUAGGCCUUACAUUUUCGUUGAUUGUUUUUAUUGCUGAAUUAAUUUAUUCGUUUGUAUUAGAAAAAAUUUUAUACAAAGAUAGAUGA